AAGAAAGGAAGCGCCAUUCACUUCACUUCCGGGACACGUCGCCGAAGUGCACACCAACGAAGAAGACGAGGAAGCCGGAGCUGCAAGAAUAGGACGUUAUCAUGGAGACCUUGUAUAGCAUACCUUUUACUGUGCUGGAAUGUCCCAAUGUAAAACUAAAGAAGCCUUCCUGGCUGCAUAUGCCGUCAGCCAUGACAGUGUAUGCGGUUGUUAUUGUUUCGUACUUCCUCAUCACUGGAGGCAUAAUCUAUGACGUCAUUGUGGAGCCUCCAAGUGUGGGCUCAAUGACUGAUGAGCAUGGACACCAAAGACCUGUAGCCUUCCUUGCAUACAGGGUGAACGGGCAAUACAUUAUGGAAGGACUGGCGUCCAGCUUCCUUUUCACAAUGGGCGGCCUGGGCUUCAUCAUCCUGGAUCGCUCCAAUGCACCCAAUAUCCCCAAACUUAACCGCUUCCUGUUGCUCUUCAUCGGUUUCGUCAGUGUGCUCCUCAGCUUCUUUAUGGCCCGUGUGUUCAUGCGUAUGAAGCUACCCGGUUAUCUUAUGGGAUAAUUACAACCCACUCUCCUGGAUUCAUCCAGCAUGGACUGAUCUUGCUGAUAAAAUUAAAAGUUUGGACUCCAAAAACAAACAACUAGCAUUGGAGAUGUGCCAAUCAUAAAGUGGGAAGUAGGUUUGUUUUCUAAAAAAAAAACAAAAAAGGAAUUAUCUCGCCAGUUGCAUUUUUGUACUCGAUCCUAAAAAUAAAUCUUUGUUUUCAGAACA